CAGACUUAUUUUGGGAUUUUUUGACAUGAAUGUCAUCGUCCUUGAGUCAUCUGCCCAAGACAGUAGUUGCUCAACACGCCCACUCCAUAAGCCCUUCCACUCCACAGCCUAUAUAAGACGUGACUCCAGAGCAGACCCACUGGUCAAAUAUCAGCCAGGAAGGAUGAGGUCCUUCAGCGUCUGCAUUCUUCUGAGUCUGGCGGCUGCAGUUUGUUGCGUGCCUGUAUCAGAAGUUACCAUGCAAGACGAAGGUUUUGCAGAGAAGUACCUGAAGAAUUUUUUCAAUCUAACAGAGCAGACAGGUCCACUUUCCAGGGGAGGAUUCAGCCCCAUGAUGAAGAAGCUGGGUGAAAUGCAACGGUUCUACGGUCUCCAGAUUACUGGAAAUCUUGAUGCUGAUACCCUGGAGAUGAUGAAGAAGCCCCGGUGUGGUGUUCCAGACAACCAGAUGGCUCGUUUCUCUACUUUUGGAAACAACCUCAAGUGGCAGAAAAACAGCCUCACGUACAGGAUAGAGAACUACACUCCUGACAUGUCUGUGGCAGACGUAGACGAAUCCAUAAACAAAGCUUUGCAGGUUUGGGCCAAAGUCACUCCUCUGAUGUUCACGAGAAUCUACAGCGGCACAGCUGAUAUCAUGAUUUCUUUUGGUCGCCAGGCUCAUGGUGAUUACUACCCCUUUGAUGGUCCUGACGGCACUCUCGCCCAUGCCUUCGCUCCGUCCUCAGGCAUUGGAGGAGAUGCUCAUUUCGAUGAUGAUGAAUUCUUCACCUUCCGUUCAAACAGAGGCUACGUCCUCUUCAUGGUUGCUGCCCAUGAGUUCGGCCACUCUCUGGGCCUGUCUCACUCUGAUGAUCCAGGAGCUCUCAUGUACCCUUUGUACUCGUACAGAAACCCUGAUACUUUCGUUCUUCCCCAAGAUGACGUCAAAGGCAUCCAAUCCCUCUAUGGCUCCAACACAAAUGUAGAUGAUCCCCAGCCACCCACCACUCCUGAUACUUGUGAUUCCACUAUGGUAUUGGAUGCUGUCACCACCUUGCGAGGAGAGGUGCUCUUCUUCAAGGACAGCUUCCUUUGGCGUAGCAACCCUCAGAGCGCGGCACCUCAGCAAAGUCGCAUCACAAGUUUCUGGCCAAGUGCUCCUGUGGACGUGGAUGCUGCCUAUGAGAGCCGGCAGUCAGACAGAGUCUUUUUAUUUAAAGGUCGUAAAGUGUGGGCCUUCACCGGCUACGAGCCUGUGCGGGGCUAUCCAAAACAGCUUUCCUCUUUUGGUCUGCCAAGAGUUGUGAAGAAAGUCGAUGCUGCCCUGCAUGAUGUGGAAUCGGGAAAAACUCUCUUCUUUGUUGGCAACUAUUACUUCAGUUAUGAUGAAGCCAGAAAGACUGUGGACCGUGGUUUCCCCAAAAGGGUGGAUCAGACCUUUCCAGACCUGACCAGCAGGGUGACAGCAGCCUUCCAGUAUCGAGGUUUCACUUACAUCUACAGUGGACCCUACAUGUUUGAGUACGACUUGAGGACCAGAAGGUUGUACCGAGUGCUGAGGAACAGCUUCUUCCUGCGCUGCACCAACUUCUAGGCCAGUUAAUUUUAACGUUUGUCAGCCACUUGUCAAGAAUAAGCAUGAAUGUACCAGCCACAAUAUUAACUUUGAAUACUUUUAAAUAUAUCUAUUCUGCAUCAUUUUAAUCAUGUAGUUUGGUUUUUAUUUUUCAGUGAGUUGCUUUUUUGUAAAUGGACUGAAAACUGUAAUUAAAAUCUGAAAAUUUCA